AUGACAAAGAGUAAAAAUGAAGUGAAUGUAGCUUUCAACCGAUUUUGCCGCUUCUCCAACCCCUGAUCUGGUACAUUUUAUGUGAGCAAGUGCGUCUCUUUAUCCUCAUCUGGACACUGUGCCUGCGCUGUGGUGAAUUUUCCGAUCUGGUUUGUGUUUCUGAAUCCACCCUCGCAUUUUCGUCGCGGAACAAGUUUGCAGCUGCGGACAUGGCUGGGCAAUGUUGGCCUUCUGACACUGAGCUGAAUGAAAUGAGAGAGAUAGUUACCAAAAUGGCAAAUGUGAAUAAAGAGGAAGUUCGAGUUGUAGUAUCUCCAUAUCGAAUUUGUCCUUUGGGGGCACACAUUGAUCAUCAGGGUGGGACUGUUUCAGCUAUGACAAUCAAUAAGGGAAUACUUCUGGGGUUUUCUCCUUCUAGCCGUGGUGAGGUUGUGAUUCGUUCAGGACAGUUUCAAGGAGAAGUUAAUUUCAGAGUUGAUGAGAUUCAGCAGCCAAGACAAACCACUAAGACAAAAAAUGAGAACUCAGCAAAGGAUUCUUCUGAGCUACAGGAACAAUGUGACUGGGGACGUUAUGCUAGAGGAGCAGUACAUGCACUACAAAGCAGGGGAAACAAUAUUUCUAAGGGUAUCAUAGGAUACAUAUGUGGUUCUGAAGGUCUGGACAGUUCGGGCUUAAGUUCUUCUGCUGCGGUUGGAGUAGCUUACCUCUUGGCUUUGGAACAUGCAAAUAAUUUAGCAAUAUCUCCUACAGAAAAUAUUGAAUAUGAUAGGUUGAUUGAGAAUGAGUAUUUGGGUCUGAAAAAUGGCAUAAUGGACCAAUCAGCUAUAUUACUUUCAAGCCAUGGUCGUUUGAUGUGCAUGAAUUGCAAGACCAAAGCUUAUAAGCUUAUUCACCUACCAAAGGAGCAAGAGUACCUAGAGAGUGAGCAACCAAAAGCAACCAAAAUAUUGUUGGCACUUUCAGGGUUGAAGCAAGCUUUGACUAACAACCCUGGAUAUAAUAAGCGAGUAGCAGAGUGUCGAGAGGCUGCACGAAUUCUUCUUGAAGCAUCAGGAGAUUAUAAAGCAGAGCCCAUUCUAUCUAAUGUUGAACCAGAAGUUUACGAGGCUUACAAGUGCAAAUUAGAACCCGAUCUAGCCAAAAGAGCAGAGCAUUAUUUCUCAGAGAAUACGCGGGUUAUGAAAGGAAUUGAGGCUUGGGCAAUGGGCAAGUUAAAAGAUUUUGGAAUGCUCAUUGCUGCUUCUGGUUGGAGUUCAAUUCAAAAUUAUGAAUGUGGUUCUGAACCUCUGAUUCAACUGUAUGAGAUCCUUUUGAGGGCUCCUGGUGUAUUGGGAGCACGCUUCAGUGGUGCUGGGUUUAGAGGGUGCUGUAUUGCAUUUGUGGAGGCUCACCUUGCAACUGAAGCUGCUUCAUUUGUUAGGACAGAAUAUCUCAGGCUCCAGCCUGAGUUAGCUAGCCAAUUAAGCGAAGACACAGCAGUUUUGAUAUGCGAAUCUGGUGAUUGCGCACGUGUAAUUUGAACAGCAUUUUGACUCUUACUCGCCGUCCACCA